UUUCUCUCUCUAUACAUGAAUAUGUAUCUAAGCUUUUGUUUCAGCUAAUGAUUGGUGAUUUUGACUAAUUAGCUACUAAAAUCAUAACAUGAAGCUUAAUUUUGGGAGGUAAUUUAUCAUUAAGUUAAUGAUUGGUAGUGAUUGUAUGAUUUGUCUUGGCUCUGAAGCUGUUGAAAAUUUAAGGGACUGAUUUGAAUCUUAGUAGAGAUAUUUAUCUAAGUAUCUAUCUAUGCAGGUAUAAAGUAAGUUACUUUAUUAUGCAUGUAAAGGGCUAAUGAAUUUGUUUGUUGCAAGCUUGAGUGUGGUCUCCUUUAGUGGGGUUUGUUGAUAUUUUUGUGGAGUAGUGGAUUGAGAUGAUUGACUAAGUGGGGUGGGGCAAUGAUGCUAUUUACUGUGGAAUCUCCUAAAGCAUGAGAUUUCCAGAGGAAUAGAAAUGGGGAUCGGAGAUGUGUGUUGAGACUGAUUUCUUUUUACGAUCAAAUGAACAUUUGUUUUACUUAAGCUGAAAACGUGAGGGUUAGCAAGUUAAUGAAUGGUGUUAAUUUUACUGGAAAUUCCUUUUGAGCUCACUCUCCAAAAGAUCUCAUCCAUUGAAUGAUCGGGCCUUGCUAAUGGAUCCCACAAAUGUAAACGGUUAAAUUUUUGGGGAAGUGAAUUCUCAAAGAAUUUUUCAGUAAAAUUAGUUUUUUUUCCAAGUUAAUCGAUGAUUAGAUGGCUCAGUUUUCAAUAUUUUGGAUAUGAGAUGAUAUCAGUGAGCUUUUUUUUGAAAUCCUUUUAUUUUAUUUUUUCUGGUCCAAUUUUUAAUGGAUUGAUUCAAACUAGAAAAUGGCAAGAACACCGAAACUUUCAUUGGUUUCACAUCUCUUGUUGAGUGCUAAGUUGUUGACUAGAGUAAUGUUCAAAACCAAGUGUUUGAUUCGAUUUAAAUCAACUUAUGGGUUUAAACUUAAUUCCUGCAAACAUUUCUAUGAUGUUGAUUGGUGAAAAAUGCCAAACAUUUUUCUCAGAGAUAGUAUUUUAUGUUUGAGGCCAUUGACAGUUUACAGUUUGGCUGUUUCUUUCCUUCUUUAUCUGCUGGAUAUUGUAUUUGGCAUUUAAUGCCAUUGCAUUACUAGGUUUGGCUUUUAGAUGUUUGGUUUAAGAAACUGAGAUUUAGAUGCAUGGCAUCGUAGAUUCAAAACAGUGCUUAACUGAACCUCUUGCUCAAGCUGUCUUGACCUUGUACCUCGCCAGCUUGUCCAUAGCCUCUCACUCUGUUUCUGUGGCCUCUCCAAGAUUUGGAUGCAUUGGUGAGGGGACAUAGCUGGAAAGACACAAAUUAUUCAUCUGGCACAUGCAUGAUAAUGUGGGACCACCUGGAUCCUACGGUAUUCUACUGGGAAUGAAUUUGUUGUCUAUCUGUUUAACAAGAGCUGUUUUGAUUGGAGCAGUUAAAACAAAGCUAAACAAACUUACUGUGUCAUUUUUUUUCUAAAAGAAAAACAUCAAACUUUAUUUGUUGUUCCAAGCACACAUAUAUGGUUUCCUUUCCCAAGAACAUGCUCCCUCCCAGAUGGAAGCCUGGGGUAGAACCAUACAAAUUUUCUAGGAUGGCAAGUACUGUUUUGUGCACUAUUCCUUAGCCUCUCUAAUGUGGUGCCUCUGGAAGUUGCAUCAGAGAUUUUUCUCUGCAAUUUUUGUAAUUUAAAAGACAAUUGCUAAGGCAGUUAAACUUCUGUUUUUUCAAUUUUCAACCUUACUUUUGUUAUAUUAAAUAUUUCAAGUUAUAGGAAUACCUUACAGGGCCAGUCUCUUUGGGAUGUUCUUUAACAUUUGUAAAGCAUGAAACAGUAAGAUUGACGGUGACAUCAUUUGUGCAGGGCACCAUUGAUGGCUAUUUUUGCCAUCAAUGAGAUAUGUAAUGCAUGUUAAUGUUGAACUUGGCAUUGAAUUCUGCUAUAAUUGUGAUCACCUGCUCCCUUUAUGAUUUAUGUAGUGGAUGUUGGAUGAGAAAUUUUUAGUGCAUUAUAUAUUACCGUUCACUCUGGAUGAUAUGUUGUUAUUUUCCUUUGAAAAGUGUGUUUAAUUCUGCUUCAUAUGGUCAUCUACUCUUUCCUGUGUUAGGAAAUGGAACACUAUGACUUGCACGCUCACAGAAGGGAGAUGAAGCAUAAAGGAAGAAAUGUUGUUUGGUCGAUUGCAAUGGACAAAUGUCUAAUUGAAGCUCUUGCUAUUCAGGCUAGAAAUGGAAACAAGAUAGACAAAUGCUUUAAUGAGAAUGCAUACACUGCUGCUUGCAUUGCUGUGAACUCCCGUUUUAAUUUAAAUUUGAACAAUCAGAAGGUCAUUAAUCGUCUUAAGACCAUUAAGAAAAGGUACAAGGUUAUUAGGGAUAUGCUAAGUCAAGAUGGUUUCAGGUGGAAUCCUAGCACAAAGAUGAUUGAGUGUGAAAGUGAUGAUCUUUGGAAGAGAUACAUUGCGGUACAUCCUGAUGCAAAAGGAAUUCGAGGAAAGCAGAUUGACAUGUACAAUGAACUAAAAAUUGUUUGCGGAAAUUAUCAAGCCCCUAGUCGUUGGGCUAAGGUAAAGGAUGGAGGCCAUCCAACAAGGAACUUUGCAGAAGAUUCUGCUUCACUCCUCUCGCCAAGUUCGGAAGAUGCAAGUGAGACUGAUGGAACAGACUCAUAUUCCGAACAACCAGAAUAUAUGCCAGAUGGCAAUCAAGAUCCUCUGAUCCAGCCUGUCAGACCACUCCCAAAGGCUCACAGUUCGGAGACCCUUCAGGAUGCAAUGUCAGCUGUGGCAUCAAGUGUUCGUAGAUUAGCUGAUGCAAUGGAGCUAAGCAAAAUUACUAUCAAUGCCUCAGAAUUAUUACAAGCUGUGAUGGAGAUUGAUGGGUUGGAUGAGGCCAAACAAAUGUAUGCUUUUGAGUAUUUGAAUGCUGACCCCAUUAAAGCCAGAGCCUUCAUGACAUACAAUACCCGAAUGAGAAAGAUAUAUCUAUUUCGACAGUUUUGGUGGUGGAAGUGACUGUGGCGCCCAAAAUCAGGACUCUUUACUUUGGGUAUAUAUUCACAAAGUUGUAGAUUGAUGGAUGUUUACACAUUAAACCUUAAUUGACAUUGGGAGGUGAAUGUACAGAUACUAGAUGAUCUCAGGGUGAAAAGUUAGAGCUAGAAGCUGGUACUAUAGAGAAACUAACCAGUCUCUCUGUGUCCCCUUCUGGAAUGAAGCUAGAUCAGCAGGUGCAAAAUCAUCACUCCCUGCGUUACCCUUCUUCAGAGGUUAGGUGCUGCUAUUUGUGCUUUCAAUUUUGAAUAUAGCUGUUGUAAUACUCAACUUGCCCCGAAUUAUGGAAUCCAAUGUGUUAAUUCGUUGCCACUAAAUGUAUUAACGUUGCAGCCUC